AUGGGUCAAAAGAAAAAGAAGUUAGCCAAGGGUCGUUUAGAUAAGUUUUACUAUAUGGCCAAAGAGCAAGGUUAUAGAUCUCGUGCUGCUUUCAAAUUAAUUCAAUUAAAUAAAAAAUACAAUUUUUUGGGUACCGCAAAAGCUUGUUUAGAUCUUUGUGCUGCACCAGGUGGUUGGAUGCAAGUUGCAUCAAAAUAUAUGCCAGUUCAAUCAUUAAUUGUUGGUGUAGAUUUAGUACCAAUUAGACAAGUUAGAAAUUGUAUUGGUUUAACAGAAGAUAUUACAACACAAAAGUGUAGAACAGAGAUUAAAAAAGCAUUGAAAACAUGGAAAGUUGAUGUAUGUUUACAUGAUGGUGCACCAAAUAUGGGUACAUCAUGGGUACAAGAUGCAUAUCAACAAGCGGAAUUAACUUUACAUGCAUUAAAGUUGGCAACUGAAUUCCUUACUACUGGUGGUUGGUUUGUAACUAAAGUUUUCAGAGGCUCAGAUUAUAAUUCAUUGAUUUGGGUAUUCAACAAACUCUUUAAAAAAGUUGAAUCUACUAAACCACCAUCAUCACGUAAUGCAUCAGCAGAGAUUUUCGUAGUUUGUCAAGGCUUUUUGAAUCCAAAGAGAAUCGAUCCAAAAUUAUUAGAUCCAAAAUUCGUUUUCAAGGAGAUUCAAGAAGUUAAGAAAGUCGAUGUUCUUUCAGAGAAGAAAAAAGUCAAUAGAGCUGGUUACGAAGAUGGCGUCACAGUAUUGUAUAAAAAAGGUUUCAUUUCAGAUUUUGUCAAUAGUAAUGAACAUCUUCAAGAUCUUGCAAAUUUCAAUGCCUUUGAAUUUGAUGAAGCCGCAAAAAUCUUUGAACAACAUGAAUUGACCACACCAGAGAUUAAAGAGUUGGUUAAAGAUUUGAAAGUUUUAAAUAAAAAUGAUUUCCAAAAAAUCAUUAAAUGGAAGAAAGCUAUGGCUGCCUAUAAAGAGAAAUUGGAUAAUCCAGAUGAGGAAGAGACCGAGAAACCAGAGGAAAAGAAAGAAUUAACCGCCGAAGAAAUGGAAGAGAAUUUGCAAGAGGAGAUGAAGGAGUACUUGGCUUUGGUUGAAAAGAAAAAGAGAAAAGAAAAGAAGAGACAAAAUGAAUUAAAACGUAAACAUCAAAGAAAGAUUGAAUUAACAAUGCAUAUUCCAGGUGAUAAAAUUGAAGAAACUACCGAUGGUGAUUUAUAUUCAAUGAAGGGUAAAGAUGAAUUUGAUGAAGAUAUUGUAGCUGAUCAUAGUGAUAUCAGUUCUGAUGAAUUUGAUUCAGAUGAUUCUGACGAUGAUGACGACGAUGACAACAAUGGUGAUUCAAAAUUAAUUGAUGAUGAUGAAUAUCUUGAACAACAAUUAGAUGAACAAUAUAAAUUAUAUCAACAAAGAAUUAGAAAGAAAGCAGCAAAAUUAGAUGAUGUUAAAGUUAAAAAAGAUAAAAUCGGUCAAGAUGGUUAUAAUGAAGAUGAUGAAGAAUUUGUUGAAGAACAAGAAGAAUCAAAUCCAUUAUUAGUUGGUAAUAAACGUAAAGAACCAGAUGCUCAAGCUGUUAGUUCAUUAUUUUUUGAUAAUGAAUUAUUUGGUGGUGUUGAAUAUAGAAAUCCAGGUGAUUCUGAAUCCGAACCAGAACAAGAUGGCGACGACGACCAAGAUGAUGAAAAUAAUAAACCAAUUGAUAUUAGUAAAUUAAAGAAACAAAAACCACAAGCUGCUCAACCAAUUACAAAGAAACAAAAAACUACAAACAGUGCUGAAUUUGGUAAACAAAAGAGUAAAUAUCAAAAGAAUCCAACAUUGGAUGAUAAAGAUGAUCAAGAUGAUGAUGAUGAUAAAGGAAAUAGCAUUAAAGGUUUCGAAGAAGUACCAGUUCAAGAAGAGGUUGAAUAUGAAUCAGACUCGGAUGAAGAUAUUGAUGAUAAAAUUAAAACUAAAGCAUUGGGUGAAUUCUUGAUUAGAAAGAAAUCAAGACAAGAUUUAAUCGAUGAUUCAUUUAAUAAAUAUGCAUUCAAUGAUACAGGUUUACCAAAUUGGUUCACUGAUGAUGAAAAUCGUCAUAAUAAAGCUCAAACUCCACUCACCAAAGAAAUGGUCGAUGAAAUUAGAAGAAAGAUUAAAGAAAUUGAUGAUCGUCCAAUCAAGAAGAUCGCAGAGGCUAAGGCUAGAAAGAAGUAUCGUCUUGGUAAGAAAAUGGAGAAAACUCGUGACAAGGCAAGUAGUAUCGUUGAUAAUCCAGAAAUGUCCAAUCGUGAGAAAUCUAAAGCCAUUGAAAAACUUUACUCUGGUACUGAUAAGAAGAAUAUGAAACCAAAGAAGAUCAUCAUGAUUGCUAAAAAAUCAAAAACUGCUGGUGGUGGUACUGGUAAAUACAAGAUCGUUGAUAAACGUAUGAAGAAAGAUUUAAGAGCUCAAAAGAAUAAAUUAAAAACUGUUGGACGUUCAAAAGAUUCUUCUAAAAAGUCAAAACCAAGUGGUGGUAAAAAUAAGAAAUAA